AACCAUCGAUAAGUCUUCGGUCUCCGAUCGAUAUUCUCGUUUGUUUAUUGUUAUGAUCUUAACUUAAGGUCGUACGGUAGUCGAUUAUUCUCAGUUUAGCAGUUACUGUGUUUUUAUUAUAAUAACAUGAAUUCUGAGAAGUAUGUAAGAUGGAAGUCUGAGGAGAGUAUAAACAAUUCAAAAGAACCGCUGUAUGGCAAUGAAAUAGAACGUCCUUCGAAUGUACCAACAUGGACGUCAGCAAGAUAUGUACUAGCCUAUAUGGCAUUUUUCGGAUUUUUUAAUGUGUAUGCACUUCGGGUCAAUCUUAGUGUUGCAAUUGUGUCUAUGGCCAACACAUCGGAUACUCACAAUGCUUCGAAUGAAUGUCCUGUGUCACACACAAAUUCUACACCCAAGGAAGGUGAAUUUAACUGGUCAAGUAAUGAGAAAGCCUUGGUACUUGGAGCAUUUUUCUAUGGAUAUAUAUGUACUCAGUUAAUUGGAGGCAUUCUGGCAAGCAAGUUUGGAGGAAAAUAUUUGUUUGGAUGCGGAGUAUUGUGCACCACUGUAUUCACUUUAUUAACUCCUGUUGCUGCUAGAACAAGUUUUGCUCUUUUGAUUGCAACAAGAGUAGUCGAAGGUUUAGGCGAGGGUGUCACUUUCCCAGCCAUGCACGCAAUGUGGGGUGUUUGGGUUCCGCCAUUGGAACGCAGUAAACUUGUAUCGCUGGGUUAUGCUGGAUGCCAUUUUGGAACAUUCAUUGCUCAACCAAUUUCUGGAAUAUUGUGCAAUUCAGAUUUUUUAGGUGGAUGGCCUUCAGUUUUUUAUGUGUUUGGCACACUUGGGCUUAUCUGGUGUUUGAUGUGGUUCAUCGUGGUUCAUAAUAAACCGAGAGAUCAUCCCAGAAUCAGUGCAGCUGAACUACAGUAUAUUGAAAGCACAGUACCCCAGGAACAAACUGAGUUCACAAUACCUUGGAUGGAUAUUUUGACAAGUCGACACGUAUGGGCAAUUUCUUGUGCACAUUUCGCAAACAAUUGGGGAUUUUAUACUUUGCUCACAUGUCUACCGAUGUAUUUGAAAUAUGUACUGCGAUUCGAUAUGACAACGAGUGGCAUAAUCUCAGCAUUGCCAUUUUUUGUCAUGUGGGUCUCUAUCAAUUUAUCAGGAUUUGUUUGUGAUUAUUUGAGAGAAAAGAGAAUAUUAAACACCACUCAAGCGAGGAAAGUUUUCAAUUCUAUCGGUUUAAUCGGUCCUGCAAUAUUCUUAGUAGCUGCUGGAUAUGUUGGUUGCAAUAAUACUCUUAUUAUAGCAUUUAUAUGCAUUGCUACUGCAUUUAAUGGAUGUACAUUUCCUGGAUUUAAUUCAAAUCAUAUUGAUAUAGCUUCAAGAUAUUCUGGAAUAUUAAUGGGAAUUACGAAUACAUUUGCAACAAUACCUGGAUUUGUUUCUCCUAUUGUCGUUGAGAAAUUAACAGGAGAUAAUGAAACUAGGGAACAAUGGCGAAUUGUAUUUUUCAUCGCAUGUGGUAUUUAUAUCGUUGGUACAAUCCUAUUCAUCCUUCUUGCAUCUGGGGAAGAACAGGAAUGGAAUAGACCUCAAUUUUUAUUCUUGGAUGACACUCGGCAACCAUUGUUGAGAGAUGAAGGAUUUCAUGAGAAAGAUAUAAGUAGAUUUCCGCAUUUAAAUCAUAAUGCAAACAGUAAUUCAGGAAUGUCACGACAUAGAGUUAGUUUUUCAAGCUCUGGUGGAUAUGAAAGCCCAGAUGCUUAAUUGAAAAUUUAAUUUUCUAUUUUAAUGAUUUACAUUUACUAUACAUAAAUUCAUGAUAUGCAACACAGACAUUUAACUGUUUUGUAUACUUCACUCAACUGUAAAUGAUUCACAGCUUGCCAAUGAUUUCUUAUGUUUUUUUAUCAGUAUAGAAUGAAUGCCUUAUUUGUUUAAUUGUAAUGAAUUUUAAGUAUGUAGUUUGGUAGUAAUGUUUUUGUCUACUGUUGUCAGACAAGUCAGAUUUAUGAGUUAUGGAACAUUCUAAAAUAGGAAAUAACGUUUUUCCAACUCAAAGAUAGGCUUGAGUCUUAGUUUGACUCAUUUAAAAACUGGAGUUGCUCCGAGCAGUGUUAUUUGGACAAUAUAAAACGACUGUGGGCCUAAUAUUAAUCAAACUUCAAAUCGGUGUUCACCAUUCCAUAUUUAAAUUUUUCUAUAUAAAGUUUUCUGGGAAAAAUCAUGUGCAUAAUCCUAUUUUUAUUUUCACCAAACAAUUUGAUCAUUAGAUGUGCAACUUGCUAUAGCGUUUUAUUUUCUGAUGAGUAAAGAUUAUAUUUUUUCCUUGACUGGAAAUUGAAUGCUUCCCAACAUAAUCGUUUCAAAUAUGGAAUUCAUAAAUUUUACUUUGUUAAUCAAAAUUUCAGGUUGUUUUAUGUGCUUCAUGGUGAUGUUUUUUGUGAAUCAUCAUUGUUCUUUUGACAAUCUAUAUUGUAAUGCUAGCUAGAGCUUGUUCAUUCAUCUCGAAAAAUUUGAAAAUUGUAGUUACUGUUUUCACUGUAUAAGUUGUCAUAAUUACUGUAUUUAAGUAGACUUCCUUCAGUACAUACAAAGUUAUUUUCUGUUGAAAGGUUUGGAUAUUGACAGUUUACUUGAGAUAAUUUUUAAAUAGGAGAUGUGAAAUAUCCACAGGAUAUGCAGGAAGCAACUAUGCAUCCUACAAAUAUCAUAUCACAGGCAGAUAGGUAUUGUGCUGUAUUGAUGAUAAUACGGUAGUUCAAUGUCAUCCAAUUUUCGGCUUAUCUAAAGUGCCCUUAUAUUAAAGGAUGCAAUCACCUCGAUGAUAUUGAUGCUAUAUUGCUUUAUGGUCGGUUCCUCCAACCUCCCAAUCUUUUUUUUUGUUAUUUUAUUGUAGAUUAGUUUAUAAUAACUAUAUUUUAUAUAAAUGAGAGAGAAUCACAUAUAUUUGAGGAUAAAAUUUGAUAAGAACAGUACAAAAAUUAGUUCAUUAAAUAGAAUGUAGUCUAAUUUUCAAAACAUUAUUUCGACAAAUUUUGAUUAUUGAAAGAGAUGUAUAAUCGUUUAAUUGCCUUUUUAUUAAAAUUCUAAUCAUCCUUAAAUGUAUGUUAAAAAUAUGAUUUUAUAGUAUUAUCAUUUUUAUAUACUCACUGUAGUGCUACUUCAUCGUGAUUGUACCAUGUGCAAUAGCUUAAAAAGUUGAAUCAAGUUUAAAUGAGUUUCGAGAGUGUGAAAUGAUAUAUUUACUUUCGUGUCAUUCCUGAAUUGCAUUUGAAUUGUUUAAUUUGGUUGAUGUUUGAAAUCAUCUUCUGCUCUUCUUUUCGAUUGAUGGUUUAAGCAUUCAUGUGAUGUUGCUCUUAAUUUUAUUCUCACAGAAAUAUUUUAUGUUGAAAAUUCAGUUACUAGAUCAGUAGAAGUUUUUGUUUUUUUAAUUUCAAUAUUCAACUUUCAAUUUGAUUGUUAUAGUGCCAAGUAUUGUGCCUUAUUUACCAGUAUGUGUUUGAUUUUUGUUGUAAAUUAGAAUAAACGCUGCUUUAAAGAAAUAACAUUUUGCAGUUCCAUGAUUUUUUUUUGAUUUUUCCACUGAUAUUGAAUGUAAAUAUAUAAAUAACUUUCUUGUAUGGUUCUCUUUCCCCCUGAAGGGCUGAAAAUGUCAAUAGAUUUGUAACUGGCUUGCAAGAAUACUUUAUAAUGGAUGAAUAGCUGAAGCAUGGUAAACCGAUACCAAGACAAUUGGGAUAAAGAAUAUUCUUUUGACAUUAACUUUGAAGGCCUCAAACUACAGAGUCAGGGUCCGAGUUAUUUAAUUUGUUACUGAAGCAAAAACAAAGCCCUUGAGUUUCUGUAUUAAAAAUACAAGGGACAGAAGCUACGAAGAAUGGAUUGCUCCAUCAAGUCUACAACGUAUUUAAACUUACAGUUGGCUACUUUCACUUGCUUGAUACUUAGGUUUCACCUCAUUUUCAAAAGCACACGUAAUACACCGAAGAUCUGUUGAUCAAUGCUUUGAGUUUUAGAUUUCAGUACAUAUUAUGCGGAUGAAACGCAUACUCGACAGCUCUUAUCAGUUACCAGGACAUAGGGUUUUCAUAAUCCGAUAAAGUUUUUAUUAUUUUAAAUUUUGGACACCCUUGCGUUAUCGAUCGUUUGGAUUUUGUGCUCCCGUUCUCAAAGACAUACAAUAUUUGUGCACAAGUUACUUUGUAUACUAUUCAAGAUUCUUGUUGUUAAUGUUCAAUGUUUUUAGGACGAAUUGCUUCUCCUGGUGAACACUAAUGUUCUCGUUAAAAUAUUAUUAGUUGAUACCAUGGGAGUGUUUUGAAGCAGUUCGGUGAGCAAAUUUGACGUGUUAACAAAAUUAUGCAAGCCUGCUUAAAAUUCAAAUUCAUCUGAUUUUGUAAGUACGUUUCCAUGGUGACCACACUGGAUGGUGCCCGGAGUCGUUUUUCGUUUGUAAUGAGUGUUUUUUCAUCUCUUUUUGUUGUUGUAAACCUUUUUUUUAAUUUUCAAUGUUUGAUUUUUAUUUUCUCCUGAUAACUGACUAACUGUUAGACUUAACCACAGGUGUCGCUGCUUGAUAACCAGUAUUGGUAUUUCGCGCCCCCUUCCACACUGUAAUACCAUUUUUACGUUUGUUUUUUAUUUUGUUUGUGCAAAGUGUAUUUACAUGAUGGUGAAAAAAAUAAAAUACUGAUUGCGCCAACACAUGUUAAUUAUGCAAGGUAUUUAUGCCCUGAAUUAUGUACAUUAAGUAAAACUACUUCGGUCAGAA